AGAUAUUUAAUUAACAUUGAUUAAAUAUUGUUUACUUUCAGUUAGCUUUUAAAUGCCCAAUUAAUAAAUUUCUAAUGAUCUUUUACUAUGAGUGCACCAAUAGCAGCAGCCCGGUUAUGUAGGGUCGGAAGAAACCUAUUAAAGAAAGGAAAACCUCGCAAGUAUCCUGAGUGGAAAAUCAAUUCAGGAAAACAAAUAGUCAAAGUGUUUGAAACAAACGAGAAAAUUUUUAUUUUCCAAUAUAAUUCAUUAUCUGCUCUUGAAUGGAAUGAUUUUCGAUACGAUAUGGGUAAAGAGCAUAUAUCUGUUAAAGUUUUCCCUAAUGAAAUUUCAAGGGUGUAUCUCAAAGAUUCUCCUUAUAAAAAUAUAGCCCCACUCUUUUUCACUCAAACCGCUGUUGCUUUUGGUAACCAAGUUAACAUAAAAUCGGUGUUGAAGUUAUUUAAUCGCAAUCCGAGAAUUCACCUUUUAGGCGCUGUAAUAGAAAAUACAAUAAUGAAUAAGGACAAUAUCGCAAGUUAUGCAAACUUACCUUCGUUGAAGGAUAUGCACAGCGAACUGCUUAGUAUGUUAUCGCAGCCGAGUCAGGAACUAAGUCGUUUGUUGGAAACUAAUUCAAGUAACCUUAGUGUCUCUUUAGAGCAAUUUUUAAAGCAAAAUACAUGAAACGUAAAAAUUCCUUACUCGAAUUUGAUUUUUCAAA